AUGAUGACCCCAAACCCCGAAUUCUUACGCUUCACGACGCAUAAAUCCCUCACCCAACGCCUUGUUUUCUCCACAUUGACAGGACGGCCUAUACACGUAUCCCAAAUACGCUCCUCGUCCCCUACAAACCCCGGACUCGCGCCCCACGAAAUAUCCUUCCUCCGACUCCUAGACAGCAUAACAAAUGGCUCGUCUCUACAGAUAUCAUACACGGGAACAACCUUCACGUACGUUCCUGGUCUUAUCACCGGGAGCGUGGUAAAUAGCGGGGAUGUGGUGAAAUGCGCAUUACCGGAGAGCUGUCGGCGGGGUGUCAGCUGGUUCUUAAUCCCGCUGUGCAUGCUGGCUCCAUUCUCAAAGGCGCCGCUGAACGUCAGAUUUGAGGGUGAGGGUGUCAUCACGAGUGCGACGGAGACGGGGGAUGUUUCUGUGGACAGCGUGAGGACGGCGAUAUUGCCGCUGUAUGAGCAAUUUGGGAUCAUGGGCGCGAAACUGGAGUUGAGGGUGCUGCAGAGGAGUUGUGCUGGCUCGGGGGGCAAAGGGGGAGGUGGGGUGGUGGAGUUGAGAUUUGGUAGUCAAGUUAGACUGCCAAAGACGCUGCAUAUGAACCGGAAUCCGGGGCGUGUGAGGAAGAUUAGAGGUGUGGCAUAUUGUACGGGUGUGAGCGCGAGUGGUAAUGCGAGGAUGAUUCAUGCGGCGAGGGGAGUGCUGAAUCCAUUAGUUGGGGAUGUACAUGUGGCGGCGCAGUAUGAUCAGGCUCCUCUUAUAUCGAGUGGGGAUAGAAAUGAUCCGGGGAAGAAGAAGAGAACAGGAGUAGGGUUUGGGUUGGCGUUGAUUGCGGAGAGUAGUGCUGAGGGGGUCAUAUACUCGGCCGAUGUGGCGGCGCCCAGUUCUGGGGGUGUGACACCUGAGGAUAUUGGAAAGCAGUGUGCAUAUCAGCUACUGGAGAAUAUCUCACAAGGAGGAUGUGUUACCAGGGUUGGUGCUGGGACUGUGCUCACACUGAUGGCCAUGGGAUCGGAGGACGUUGGAAGAGUGAGGUUAGGCAGAGAUGUGCUUGGUACGGAGGAUGUAAUACUACUGGGAAGGGAUCUGAAGAAGUUUGGAGCAAGUAGUUGGGGUAUGAGGGAUGCAGAAGAUGAUGAAACUGGAGACAUCAUAGUCAGCGUCAAAGGAAUAGGCGUAGGAAACGUAGGGAGAAAAGUAGCGUAA